AAGUUAAGUCGACUGCUAACGCUGACGUCCACUUCUGCAGCAAAAUGGCGUCGUUGACAGCAGUCAUGCAGACAAACCGGUCCGGUUCUAAGUCAUCGUACAAGAAACGGACCGGUAUGAUGGCCCAAAGGAGGUUUAGACUUGUGGACAACAUUGUCCUUCUAUUCCUCACUUUAACCUCCAUGUUGCAUUGUGUUCUCGCUGACGGUAAGACGUUGGUUCUGCUGGACAACCUCAACAUCAGAGACACCCAUUCAAUGUUCUUCCGCAGUCUGGCAGAUCGUGGCUUUGACCUCACUUUCAAGACAGCUGAUGAUCCCUCCCUAUCUCUGAUCAAAUAUGGCCAGUUCCUGUAUGACCAUUUAAUCGUCUUUUCACCAUCAGUUGAGGACUUUGGAGGAAAUAUAAAUGUUGAGACUAUUACAUCCUUCAUUGAUGGUGGAGGCAAUGUCCUGGUUGCUGCCAGUUCAGAUAUUGGUGAUCCUCUGAGGGAGCUGGGCAGUGAGUGUGGCAUUGAGUUUGAUGAGGAGAAGACCGCUGUCAUUGACCAUCACAACUAUGAUGUGUCUGAUCCUGGAGAGCACACUCUGAUUGUCGCUGACCCAGAGAACCUACUGAAAGCUCCCACUAUUGUCGGCAAACCCACCAAUAAACCUGUUUUAUUCAAGGGUGUUGGUAUGGUGGCAGACCCAGACAACCCUCUUGUCCUGGACAUCCUUACUGGCUCUUCCACCUCUUACUCCUUUUUCCCAGACAGACCCAUCUCUCAGUAUCCCCAUGCUGUUGGCAAGAACACCCUGCUGAUCGCUGGCCUUCAGGCCAGAAACAAUGCCAGAGUGGUUUUCAGUGGCUCACUGGACUUCUUCAGCGAUGCCUUCUUCAACUCUGCUGUGCAGAAGGCCACACCCGGCUCCGAGAGGCACGAGCAGACAGGGAAUAUGGAGCUGGCGGAGGCUCUGUCCCGUUGGGUGUUCAAGGAGGCUGGAGUCCUCAGGGUGGGAGCUGUUACCCAUCAUCCUGUGGGAGAGACCACUCCCCCUGCAGCGUACACCAUCACUGACCUUGUGGAGUACAGCAUUGUCAUCGAGAUGUUGUCCGAGGGCCGCUGGGUCCCCUUCGACGGAGAUGAUAUUCAGCUCGAAUUUGUGAGGAUCGAUCCCUUCGUCAGGACUUACCUCAAGAAAAAUGGAGGUAAAUACAGCGUCCAGUUCAAGCUGCCUGAUGUGUACGGCGUAUUCCAGUUCAAGGUGGACUACAACCGACUGGGAUACACGCACCUCUACUCCUCCACCCAGGUAUCAGUGCGUCCCCUGCAGCACACUCAGUACGAGCGCUUCAUUCCCUCAGCCUACCCAUACUACGCCAGCGUCUUCUCCAUGAUGACAGGACUCUUUGUCUUCAGUAUAGUCUUCCUGCACAUGAAAGAGAAGGAGAAGUCAGACUAAUGCAGAGAAAACAACGGGGAAAGGAAAAAUGAGAUUAUAGAUUUGAACUUCUGGUGUGAAGAGUUGAAAUUGAAUGUCUUGAUGGCUUGAAUCUUCACGCAGGGACUUGGACUGCAGUCCUCCAUAAAAAUACAGUUUCUUUUCGGUUAUUGGAACGCUCAACUAAUCGGGGUGUCGAGGCCAAAAGGGGUGCUGGCUGUAAUGCAAUGCACCUUUUUUUUUUUUUUUUUUCUUUUUACUUUGAAAUCACUCAAAGACCUGUAUACGUUCUGAAGUCAGUCAGUGUUUUUUUUAUAAAGUUGCUUUACAUUUGAUAAAAUGAUCUCCUAAGUAGAGCACUUGCCUUGGAACAUGAAAGAAAUCCAUAUAAAAAUUUGGACCCACAUUUUCUCAAUCAGGAAAGGUUAUUGUGGUAACUACAUGCACUGAAAAUGCCAACUGUUGUUUUUUUUGAAAAGACUUUUGAUGUGUUUCCAAAAAAGCUGGAGUCAUCUUAACAAUAAAAAACUGACAUUCCA